CGUUAACAUCAGUAGCUAUGGGUAUUCCGUUGCGAUCGCUGUUUUUGGCUGCAUUGCUGCCUACGUUGAUAAGUGCUUGGUUCGAGUCAUGCGAACAACAGUUCCAAUUAACUGAAAAUGCAGAUGUUCGGCUUGUUUCACCUUUCUAUCCCAAUCAAAAUUAUCCUUCAGGAAGUUCUUGUCGUUACACGCUCAUCGCUCCUCUGGGGUAUAGUAUUCAAAUGACUUGUGAUAUUGAUAUCAGUACGGCGCAAGGUGCAUGCUCAACAGAAUUAUUCUACAUAUCGACCGAAGGUUUGACGGCCUUGGAAGGCAGUGAAUACUUCUGUGGUAAAGGAAGUUUGAGCCGUAACUCCCUGUUUAAUAAAAUUAUGGUUGCAUACACUUCUUCGAGCACUACUAAUGGGGGUAAGUUCGAUUGCCGAAUAAAGGUGGCAAAGCAGGACUGUGACUGCGGAUGGUCUCGAUCGCAAAAGAUUGUUGGAGGUGUUGAAGCUGGUAUCAAUGAGUACACAUCAAUGGUUGGAUUACUCGAUGUCGUAUUGGCAAGUGUAUUCUGCUCAGGUGUAAUAGUUAAUUACAGAUACAUUUUGACGGCUGCUCAUUGUGUUCAAAAUACGCCAAGCCCCCAACGCAUCCAAGCUUUAGUCGGUGACCAUAACUACAGAACCGGCCUUGAUACACCUUAUUCUCAAAUUUAUAAUAUUGAGAGCAUUGUGUGGCAUGAAAAUUACAACCAAAAUACUCGCGAUAAUGACAUUGCUGUGUUGAAAACUACCGUGGACAUGCAGUGGAACCGUGGUGUUGGGCCAGUCUGUCUGCCAUUCAACUAUUGGUAUUACGACUUCAAUAAACUGCAAGUAGAUGUAGCUGGGUGGGGAACUACCAGCUACGGAGGACCCACCAGUUCAACGUUGCGGCGAGUGACGCUAGACGUUAUAGCCAAUGCUAACUGCAAUGUUCAAUACGUCAACAGUCAAAAGAUAUGCACAUUUACACCCGGGAAGGAUACCUGUCAGUAUGAUUCAGGUGGUCCGCUGUAUCUGCGGGGUGAGCAACGGAUGUAUACGAUCGGAAUCGUUAGCUACGGAGGAGCCUGUGCUGCUUCUACUCCAUCUGUCAACACAAGAAUCACCGCCUAUUUGACUUGGAUACAGAGCAAAACUACGGAUGCGACCUACUGCGUAAAGUAGAUACUGGAAAAAAGACUCAUUUGAAACCCGUAAACGCUCGCAUAAAUCGACUUUUAUUCUAUUAAACUAAAUCAUAACUAAAAAUAGUAAACUUUGCGAUGUUUAGAUAUAUAGAUAUUCUAAGAUGCAUUAAUUUGUCAAUUCAAUAUAUAUAUUACUGCAAUAACUGCAGAACAUAAUUAUCAUAAAUAACAACCGACAAAUAUGUUUUGAUCAUACAAACACUAGCAUUACAUAUACUUUUAAGCUUUUUUCGAAAAAUUUUUGCUGGGUAAUAUUUA